AACGUGUUGAUAUCUAAAAGGCGUGGGCGAGUUCUCUUGGCAUCUGCCUCGGAGAUUCACUCCUGGGGUUUGCCUACUUAUAGGGUAGCUGUACAACUCAUAUGGUGGCUAGGAAGCGAAGUGCGGACCGCGGGGAGUGAGUAGAUCGCAGCGGCGCCAGCAACAGAUUUCUCUGGGAGAGUUGACGGAGGGUUUACCUUGAUCGACGACGAGAAUUGAAGGAUGGCGUUGGCUGGGGACGAGAGGAAGGCGCCGGCCGCCAUUCCACCCCGGAAGGUGGUCCCGGGACGGAACCGGUCUCAGACCAUCAUCAGGAACACUGACUCCAGAGAGGUCCUCAUGGGCAUGGGCUUUCCAAAGAACAGAGCGGAGAAGGCGCUGGCUGCAACAGCCGACAGUGGAGUGCAAGUCGCUGCUGACUGGUAAGAACAGAGG